CAUUACUGGGUCAGAGUUUGAUGCAGCCGAAUGCAUUGCUGGCAAUGCUGGCGGCUGUUCAGCAGAACCCGGCAGUUCUUGCCUCAUUGAAUCAAGCAGCGCUGACUGCAGCUUUUGGAGGAGGUGCAGUGCAAAAUGUUGCUUCUGCUGCUCCGGGAGUUCAACCGACAGCGGGGAUGACCAACCAGGGUUAUGGUGGUAUGGGGAGUGUUGGGUACCAGCAGAGUGUAGGAGGGUUUCAGGGUCAGCAGGGGAUUCAGGGACCACCAGGGUUUCAAGGCCCUCCUGGGUUUCAGAAUGCUACUCAGAUGGGAGCUCAACAAGCUGGUGCUGGUGCUGCUGCAGGUUCUUAUCAGGGCGGGGCAAUGGUGCGGCCGCCGGUUGGGCAGAUGGGUGGAUAUGGACAAUCUUAGUUUCACGCUGAGUUCGUGAUUAUUCAUAUGGUUUAGAGGUGUGGUGGAUUUUGAAUCUUGUUGGAGCUCGUAGUGUUGGACUUUGAUGAAGCAAGACAUGUGAAGGAAAACGGGUGUUCCCUUGCAUGUUUUAUGUCCUGAUUUCGGGUUUUUGUCGUGUUAUGGUUUGUGCCCUUAUUUGGAGUUGUCUUCCUAGUUUCUCUGUACUGGAUACAUAUACUACCUUUGCCUUUUCUUUGUUGAUCUUGGUGGUGCUUUGUAGACUUCUUCUAUUAGUGGAUUUUGAAUGUGUUGGAGCUCGUGGUAUUGGACUUUGAUGAUGCAAUACUUGUUUAGAAAUAAGUAUUAUGUUUCUUGUUUUAUGUACUGAUUUUUUUCCUUUUUAAUAUAUGGUUCCUGCCCUUAUUU